AUGACGGCCCUUCCCGUGCAGCGGCGCCGUCGUUCCGUACUGAUGGUGCUGGCGGUGGCCCUAACCCUGGCACUAUUACCACAUCCUAAGAGCCCGAAAGGCCCCGAGCAAGCCGAGCAAGCCGAGCAAUCCGAAGAUUUGCCGCAACAUCUUGGCGCGUUCAGGCGCUUUCUGGCAAUGGCACAGGAACCCCACGGCCAGUUCCACUUCGGGGCCGAGGGCACGCCGGGCGCAGUGGAACCGCCACUUCCGGAGGACUUGGAAGAGAGGUUGGCAGAGGCGGAGAAUGCCUCGGUGUCUCUGACCUUGCUGGGUUGCAUGGGCUUUGUGAUGGCCACCUUCUAUUUGGUGAAUUGGCCGGAUGACGACAUUCGGCAGAUCUCCCUGGAAGUGAUCAACUCUACCAUCAGCGUCUUCGGUUCCCUGUUGCUCUUCCACACCUUCGAAGAGUUGCUGGAGCACUACGUUUUGCCGGAAAUGAACCAAUGGCAGGAGGUGAUGGUGUCCAUGCUGCAGAUGCUUCUGUGGUUCGCCCUGCUCCAGUUGGUUUUGUGUUACUAUUCGGGCGCAUUGGGCCAGAACCAAGCAGUGAGGCUGCGCAGCGACAGUCUGGGUGUGGCGAAGGCCUGUGGAUCUCCCAGAACCAAGGCGUGUCUCAUGAAGUCUGCGGAGAGACACCUAGGAGUGAUCAAGAUGAACACCGAAGCUUGGGGCAUCUUGUUAGGCCACGCGACCGGCUUUGCCGCUACGAAGGCCUGUUCGCAGCUUCAACAGGCUGUGCCCAGGAACUUCUUUUGCGUUGCUCUGAUGCCCUUGGUGUCCUUCGGGAUCAUCAUUCUGGUCUACCGUGCCACAGAGUUCUUGCGCUACAAGAUCACGAUGCGGGAUGGCCAGGAGGACGAAUUCGAAGAACUUUGGCGCGAGCGCACGGCGGAGACUGAAGAUGAGGUGAUUGCUCUGGCUGUGUCCUUCUCCAUCGCACAGAUGUUGCGCUUCGCCGUCUCUGGGCACCUGCCAGAUGCGCUGGGAGAAGAUCCGGAGGGCUUCAACUUGCACUCCAAUUGGUCUUGCGCCUUGGAAGAUCAUGGGAAGACGAUGGCUUGGGGCUUGGGACGACGGGGAUGA